AUGGUCGUCCUGCAAGUGCUCUCCUACUUUGGGGGGCUGGCCACCUUCACCCAGGUGUUUCUCGCCCUCCCCAUGGCACUCGACUUGCUCGGCCCACCAUCAUUCCUUCUCCUCUCGCUGCUCUUUGCGCUCCACCACUGUGCAUACUCCACUCUGAGGCUCUUGUGCAAGAACACUAUUAUUGCACCGCUCAUCACUGUCCUCUCCUUCUUGUCCCCAACCAUCUCCGCCGGCGCCGUCUUCGUCACCCUCUACUACUACCUGUACCCUCCUGGCGCAGACAGCAGUUCGCUGAGCCACCUGCUCGUCGACGUCCUCCCGUACCUGUACGCCAGCACGCUCCGAUGGGUUUCCCCGCUCUUUACGCUGCUCGAGGGCAUCAGCACUUUGCUCGCGGUCCAGGUGCUCGGCCGCGCCGGUAAAGGCUGGGCAGAGGACGACGAAAAGGAGGAAGGUUUCGAGUGGCGCUCCCUCGCCGGUCUCUUCUUUUCGGCCCUCGUCUACUGUGCCGGUCUCUACCUCAUCGUCUGGUCGUUCCCCACGGCCCCCUUGCCGGCUUUCCUCCUCGGCGCAGCCCUCAUGUCCACCUUGUUCCUCUCGUUCAUUGGCUUUUCCCUCCGCAGGACCAAUGUUCUCGAGACCUCCCUGGUGUUGUUCUACGUCGCAUACUCGGCAUGGCUCUCGGGCGCAGAGAGCGCAAUGGAGCCCCGCUCGUACGGCUCCGGCUGGCUCUCGCACGAGUGGGCUGUCCCCAAGAACGUGUCCGCUCCCAACGUCAACGCCCUUGCCGACCGCGCGGUCUCGUCCGUCUUUGACUCGCUGUGGAACGUCUCACUUUCACUGCCGCCUCAUCUCCUCCUGUCUCUCAUCUUCCGUGUCGUGGUCCUCCACUUUGCGGCCCGGAUCGUGCCCAUGAUUCGCAAGGCUAGCAUCGGUUAUGACGACGGCACAGAGGCACCCUCCUUUUGGGACGGCAAGAGCCUUGGCGAGGAGCCGACUAACAUGCGCAUCACCACUGUCGUCCUCUCGUACCGCCGCGCAAUUCUCAUUGCUGUCUACACUCAUCUGCUAUACCUCGACGCUGGAUCCCAGACGUGGUGGCGCUGGGUCAACAUUACCCUCUUCCUCUCCGUGUGGAGCCUGGAGCUGCUCCUCGACGCGGAAGACGAUGCAGACAGCGUCUCGCGCUGGAAGGUGGACUAG